UUUCUUCCCAAUCCAACACCAUAUGUAAUAUAAUAUAAUAUAACAUAAAAUAAAUUCCAUCAUCUUGGUAACCUAUUCCUUACAGGAUGUUCUAAAUAAAGGGAACGUUCGGAUAAUAGGAGGGAUAACGUGUCCAAGCGGUGUUCAACCCUCGUUUUGCUUAAUGGAUCCUUGCCGAAAAUCAGAAUGCGAGGCUUACCCGAACGCGAAAUGCAGAAGAAAAAUAUGCGGAAAUUGUUUACCCGAAUAUUAUGACGAAGAAGGGACCGUGGUGGACUGUAAGGAGGAACUUCCAAAAUACAGUGAAAUUAAUCAAAAUUGUCCCGUAGGAGUUAUGGAAGUUAGAUGCCGCCUUAACCCCUGUAAGCUCUUGAAAUGCAAGAUGAAUGAAAAAGCUCAUUGUGUUCCUUAUCCUUGCGGGGGAUGCUAUGCCGUUUUCUACGAUGAUAAAGGUUACGAGGUUGAUUGUGAUACCGGGAAAUCUUAUGAUCCUUAUCAGGAUGAGAAAAUCAACGAUUCACAGACCACCAACUCCUCUAUAUUCACAUUUUAUAAUCGUACAACUGUAACAUCUAAAUCCGUAUUAUCGAAUCCCUCUUCGAUUUCUAGUAAAACAACUACUACAUCUGUGCCAUCUUCUACAAUGCAUAAAAAGGAGGUCAUAAAGAAUAUCGCGAAAAAAGUCAAAAGCGUGAAGAAUAUAAAAAUUACUACUAUUACUACUACUUCUACUACUAUACCCACAACUUCAGUCACUAAAAUUCUACCAAAACAAACACCAUCGAAAGUUUUCGCAAAAGCAAAACCAAAAGAUCAGGGCCUUAAAAAGAAAAGUUUGACAAAUUUUGCUAUAGAAUCUGUUGACCCAUCUACACCAACUAUUCUUGUUAACACAAAAAGUAUCAAACGUGUUCUCCCAAAGAAAAAUAUAUUAUCUAAGACAAAAAAACCAGAAAUACCUGAUAAUUCCAGCAAAAUAUUAACCAUAAAUGAGACAAUUAUACCUACAACACAAAUCGUUAAAAUGAUUUUACUCACCAAAGGGUCGUUUACCAAAGUAACACACAAAUCAGCCAUGUUAGACACCUUUGGAAGGAAUAGAAUAAACCCAGAAAUAACAACGAUUCGUAGGAUUUCCCCUCCCGAUCCAAUUCUCCAUAAGAUUCCUCAAAAGGUAGACGAACCUCAAUAUUACAGCAAUGAUACUCAAUAUUAUACCAACGAUCACAGAUACGAAGAAAUGGAUAGAACUCAGCGAGGCCCAUAUGAAGGGGUACCCAUUCCAGAUGCGCCAGAGAACCUGGAUGACAAAUAUUACAAUAAUCCAUAUUACUACAAUCCCAUGGGAUAUUAUUAUACUGGUUACCACGAUAAACAAAAAAACAGGAUAAACAUUGGCGGAAACGAGCUGAUACCCAACAAUCAAAGGGUAUCCAUGUCAAGACACGUUUAUGAUCACUCUAAUAUUCCUAAUGAUGUCACUACUCAAGGUAAUAUGAAAUACGUUUCUGAAACAGUGCCUCAAAGGUACGAAGAACCAAAUGAGGAGCAAACUUACGAAGAAGAAGAAUCAGAAAGUGACCUUCAAGAAGACUCGAAAUCAGAUGAUUAUCUUGGCUCACAAGCAUUGGAUCCUUUAAGCGAAAUCAAAAAAUCUCAACCCGAAUCAGAAUAUGUUAUUUUAGAAAGUCUUCCCAAAAUAGAAUUCAAACAGCAAGUAGUAAGUAGCCAUUCAAUUAAUAUUCUUAACGACUCGGUAGCUUUAAACGAAUCGCAAUAUCAUUACAAUGAAAAGGCCAAUUCAAACUUAGAAGAUUAUAGGAGACAAUCGAAUCCCGGUAUUGAUAAAAUAAAAUACGCUAACACACGCGCACAAAGGUAA